UGGAUAAACAAAUACAACAACUCCUAAAAUGUAGCACCAACACGAGCGCCAUUUCUCUAGCCUCCUUUCUCUCUUUCACUCACCACCUACAAAUUUAAAUUGAAGAACAAGAAUCGAUUGAUACAUUAUUAUCGAGUAUUUAACUGCUGGAAGUUUCUCAGAAACUGCAAAUGCACGUUGCCUUUGUCAUGCCUGUUCACAUCUUUGUAUUCUACGGACGAUUUCCUAUUUCGAAAAAUUCUUCAAAUCUUGAAGAAUUUAAUAUUAAUUAUGUUUUGAACAAUUCAACAUUGUCUGUCUGGCCGUUAACCCUCCAGGCUUCCUAUUGACAACAAAUGCCUCAAGUAGGUUUCUGGGUUUUUAUUGUCUGGUCUCAUUUGUUGGUCGUUGGUGGUUGUGGCUAAUUUCUUGAUCUGGGUGUUGCUUAUUACAGGCUUUUAAUGAGGGAUUUAUGAAUGGUGAAUUUGGAAUCUUGGAAGUUUCUGGGUGAGGAUUAACGGCUUAUUUCAAAAUUAGUUGAAGUUUGGUUCUUUUCUUGGCCGAACUGUGAUUCUGGAGAAAUAGGAAGGAAACUUUUGACGCAGAAUUUGAUCUUAUUAUCAAAUUCGUUUCUUUGCAAAGUUAAGUUAGGAGAUAACCAAUUGGGAUUGACUAAUUAUUGGUUGGAUUAUCAAAAAACAAGAAAAGCUGUAAAAUUAUGGAUCUAGCCAAGGAAGAUUCAGGUAGGGAAGGAGAGGAAACGGACAGAGAAACCUCUGGGGAGACCCCUCUCAUUGUUCCUCCAUUCUAUAGGUCCCGUUUUCCGGGCAUUGUGAGACAGAAAGCCUAUAUAUUUGAUGGCUAUGGAAAAUAUUACAACAAGGAGUGGGAUCUCGCAGAAGGUAAAGACAAUGAAUUCUGUUGGUACCAUGUAGAACUUCCAAAAAGUAAUCACAAACUUUCAAUGUCUGCUCAAUGCCUCAUUGAUGUGCUUUGCCCUCCUUUGAAACUCCAAGACAUUUUGUCACUAGUUGGCAAUGGCCCUUAUUGUGGUCAUGUUGAUGGGGCAUUAGUGUUUAGAGUUAAUUCUCCUGGUCCUGCUUCUAGUGAUUUUACAUUUAGAUUAGCUGCUAGAGUUACUGAGAAUUCAGUAAUUACUGUGUCAUUAGGCCGUGUUCCAAGAUUAGGUUUUUCACCAACGGCUCAAUCUUUACUCUCAGAGAUUCCUAGUGUGGAGACUUCCCCUUACCUCAGAGAUGAGCAAAAUGAACGUAGUGGAAUUGUGAUUAAGGAACAUGUUCUUGAGUUCUUACUAACAAUGAAUCAUUCGGACGAGGCUGAUAAUCCAGUUCCAAGAUCCGUCUCUAAUCUUAUCGUUCAUAUUCUCGACACACACGUUGAUCACCUUCAAGAUAUUGUGACUAAACUCGAGAUGGAGCUAGACUCUGUGGAGAUUGAACUUGACAAAGGCGGUUUUACUUUGAAGAAACAAAUGCUAGAUGAUAGAAGAUUCCCCAAAAUGCAUCUCAAUCUGCAGCGUCUGCUGCAGGUGAUUGCAUAUGGGGAACAGGUAUUCCCUCGGGUAAAAGAAAAAUGUUCUUUGAAAAGAUGGUUUGCAAAUGAAGACAUAAAUGCCCUCGAAGAGCUAAUUGGACAGUUGAGGAGGCUAAAAGAGAAUGUGGGGUUUAUUGCAAAUCGUAUCACCGCAAUUCAGGCUGGUCUAGAUAGCUGGCAGUCUGAGCAAAUAAACAGAAAACUGUAUUAUCUGUCGUUCCUUUCAAUUGUUUUCCUUCCAUUGUCUAUAAUUACCGGAGUAUUUGGCAUGAAUGUGGGAGGAGUUCCAUGGACAGGGCAAAAAGACCCAGCAUUGAAAGACGGUUUCAAAAAUGUAAUGAUUCUGUGCCUGGCAAUGCUAAUUCUGCUGCUUUGUUGCUUCCUUUUCCCUUCACUUUAUGCUCGUUUAUUUGAUUGGUGGAGGAUGAGGUCUUUAAAAAGAAGCUGGUCCCCUAACAGGAAGUCAUUUAUAUAUAAAACCCGUAGCAGUGGAGAAAACGAAAGAGGGAGUUACCUUCGAAUUUGAUCUGAGUUAUAAACUAUAGCCUAACAACACCAUUAUAGUACAGAAUUCACCUUGAUUUGUCUUCAGUUACAGAAAUUUAUCUUGUGUCCUUAACAUGUACUCAAGUCCUAUGAGAAACUUCUCAUCUCAGUCCUCGAAUCGAUACCAUUUGACCGGUUCAUGAAUGGCAUCUGCCUUCUCAUAUAUAUAAUUGCCAGUGAUAUCACUGACCCUUGCUUCUGAAAUUGAUGUGCUUUACAUAUUUGUUCCCAGAAUGGAUAAGAGGUGAGCCUUUUCUUCCACUGAUUCUUGUUUUUUUUACUUGUAAUUUACGGAUUUUUUUUAUUUUAUUUUUUGGAAUCUUUUUGACACAUUGUACAGGAAAUAACAUGUAUCUUUCUGAAUAUAUGUACAUUAAUAGCCCUCAUGAUUUCAUCAUCCAAGUGGUUGUGAAAUCUGGUUUUUCUGUUGGUA